UCGUCGUCGUCGUCGAUAGGCAAACGAGGGCGGGUGACGUCGCCGAGUCGGCGCGCCGCAGACGGGACUCGGCCGACGUUUAAAGGCAGGGGGAGGCGCGCGCUUCCUCCGUUUGCCGGGAGUUUCGGAAUGGCGGAGGAUCAAGCGUACGUGACACUGGCCACCGACGACACCUACGGCCUGGGCGCUCUGGUUCUGGCCCAUUCUCUAAAACGCUUCACCAACAGAAAACUGGUGGUUCUGGUCUCUCCCAACGUCACUCCUCACAUGAGAUCUCAGCUAAGUUCGGUUUUCGACGAAGUGCGAGAAGUAAACGUACUGGACAGCAAAGAUGAAGCUCGUCUGGCUCUGAUGGCCCGUCCCGAAUUGGGCGUGACGCUGACCAAGAUCCAUUGCUGGUGUCUGACGCACUACUCCAAAGCAGUCUUCCUCGACGCCGACACCUUGGUAGUGCAAAACUGCGACGAGUUGUUUGAUCGCGAGGAACUGUCCGCGGUGGCCGACGUUGGUUGGCCCGACUGCUUCAAUUCCGGGGUCUUCGUCUUCCGACCCUCCGAAGAGACCUUUCGAGCUCUGUUAAACCACGCCAGAGAGCACGGCAGCUUCGACGGAGGCGACCAGGGACUUUUAAACAGUUAUUUUAGCGACUGGCGAACGAAAGACAUCUCUCGACAUCUCUCCUUCAUUUAUAACAUGAAUUCCAAUGCCAGCUACACCUAUCUUCCCGCCUACAAACAAUUCGGCAGCGACGUCAAGAUAAUUCAUUUCCUGGGCCCCGUCAAACCCUGGAUGCACCGUUACCACCCCGGAACGGGCCGACUGGACGUAUUCGGAGACUGCAGACACCUAGAGGAGCAUCUACGUCUGUGGUGGAACAUCUUCGCCACUCAGGUCCAGCCUUUCUUGCAGCCCGACUGCGCUGGUUUGGCAGGCGCUCUGUCUCGCGUCAGUUUGGAAGAAGGCGAAGGUCGGACGCCCGAGACGGCCGCGUCGUCUCAGGCCAGGAGACACGCUUGGGAGAGGGGUCAGAUAGACUAUUUGGGCAGCGACGCCUUCAGUAACAUCGAGCGCAAACUGGACGCCGCCAUCGACGGAGUGUGAAGAUCCGAAACCGCCCCGAGAUAAGUUUUAGGCAACGAUCGAACCGAACCCAACGUCCGGUUUUUCACGCGCUUUUUCCAGUUUCCAAAAAGGAUCUUUUCUUCUUUUUUUACGGUAACAAUGUGUAGCCGCCAUUAACAGUGUUUUGAGAAGUAACUUAACGAGGAUAUUAAAUUAUGAUUGUCGACCUCGUC